AACAAUACUAUUAUGCGGCAAUCAGUAUCUCCAACAGAAAAAUUAGCUGCCACACUUCGAUUCCUGGCGACCGGCGAAACAUUAAAGAGCACAAAUCAUCAGACUCUAUUAUCAUGCUCAUUUCUUUGUAGCCCUAUUCCAGAAGUGUGUAGAGCGAUCUGGAAACAUUUUAAAGACGAUUAUUUAAAGUUUCCGACAACAAUUACGGAAUGGAAAAUUAUUGCAGAAACCUUUGCGAUGAAAUGGCAAUUUCCCCACUGUAUAGGAGCGUUGGAUGGGAAACAUAUUGUGUUUCAGUCUUUACGGAAAGACGGCUCAUAUUUCUAUAAUUACAAGGGGACUAACAGUAUUGUGUUAUUGGCUUUAGUCGAUGCUGAUUGCCGUUUUAUAUAUAUAGAUGUGGGUUGUAAUGGACGCACCCAUGAUGCAGGCGUUUUGUUACAGAGUGACUUGAAAAAAGUUAUCGAUGAUGCAGAUAAAUACUUCCCGCCAGACGAAAUAAUUGGGAAUGGGUGAAAACUUCCCUAUGUAAUAGUCGGCGAUGAUGCAUUCCCGCUUCAGAAACACAUUAUGAAGCCGUACUCAUACAAUACAAAUAUAAAAGAAAAACAAAUAUUUAAUAUUCGUAUUUCUCGCGCUCGACAUGUUGUGGAGCAUGACUUCGGAAUUCUGGCCAACAGGUUAAAAUUCUACAGCAUAAAAUGAACAUGUCCGUAGAGCUCAUAACGAAAACGUGUUGCCUUUUACAUAAUAUGUUGAGCUACAAGAAUGGAUAUUUAGAUUUGCCAUACUCAGUCGCGUCAUCUGUAUCCGCUGCACCAUCUGGUGAGCAACAUCAAAAAUCUAAAAAUGCUGGUCAGUCCGUAAGGAAAGGAUUCGAAGAUUACUUCAAUCAAGAAGGGAAACUACAUUGGCAGGACUCCAAGCUGUAGAUAUGUACUUGCACGUUUUCGAGAAGUUUCCACUCCUGUU